GAGAGCAGAGCGUACGCGCGCGCGCCCGCUUCAGUGAGUGCAGUUGACUUACAGCGGGGCUGUGAGGAGAACUGACGCGGUCCGCUCCUUUUUAUUUUUUCGUCCCCAAACAAUUCAUUUCAAGUGCUUUUUAAACUUUUCUUUCUGUUCUUUCGACAGUCGUGUGAAUAGCUCGUGUUAAAGUUUUCGACCCUCGACGGGUUGAAGUUACAUUUGCGAGGAGUUUUUAAAGGCUGGGCCUUUUUUUUUUCUUUUUCUGUAGCUCGGUUGGAGAACGACUUUGCCGUUUUUUCCCCCCCCGUUGGUUUGAUAAAUGCUAUUUACCAAGAUGGACCUGUUGAACUAUCAGUACUUGGACAAAAUGAACAACAACAUUGGCAUUUUAUGCUACGACGGUGAAGCAGCGCUGCGUGGCGAGUCCAGAAUGCAGCCCAUGUCUUCUACAGUCAAUAACCACAGGACAGCUCCUCCUCCCAUCAGCCCCAGCAAGAGGAAACACAGCAUCGAACUGAACGACGACAGCAUGGACCCCAACAGCGAGCAUGUGGCCAAGAUGAGUCGCCUGUUCGCUACACACCUAGGAAAGCCCACAAAUGGCGAUUACCGCAGGGAGCCUCGUGAACGGAGCCGCAGCCCCAUCGAGCGCCUGCACCUUUACACACACAUGCCGAACCUGGCCAUGGAGCAGCCGCUCGCACUGACCAAAAACAGCGCCAAGAUCCCCAACUCGCAGAGCGCCAGCCCCAUUGAGCGCCAGCAGAAUCGACCCUCGGUGAUCACGUGCGCCCCUGCGAACAACCGUAACUGUAACCUCUCUCACUGCACUGUGUCCCACAACGGCUGCUCGCCCUCAAGCUACAGGAGACCUUCUAACUCGAACACGGCAUGUGACCCCGUGAUCGAGGAGCAUUUCCGCCGCAGUCUGGGGAAAAACUACAGAGAGCCGGAGCCGGUCACCAACUCCGUGUCUAUCACCGGAUCGGUGGAUGAUCACUUCACCAAGGCUCUGGGAGAGACCUGGCUCCAAAUCAAAGCUAAGGGAGGCUCCACCGGAAGCCCUGACUCCUCACCUAACACUCACAUGGUCAACAUCAAUCACUCGUCAUCCCUAGUUUCCUGAAACAGAGGACCAGCUGUGCACCCCGCUCUCCUUCCAAACCGCUUCACUCUCAAAGCGACUGUGCAUGAUUCAGCUCCGCUCCCGGCAGCACUAGCAUAUAGCCGUGUACAUAAACUGACACGUUUCUUUUGGUUUUGUUUUCUUUCUUUCUUUUACAUUUAAAUUUUUUUUAUAUAUAUAUAUAUGUUCAGCUUGGAGGCCCACAACAAAAGAAUGAAUACGCAGGAUGUGAUUUUGGUUUAGAGCAGGGUCAGCUAGCAUCCUAACCACCUGCCUCAGAUACCAAAGAAACCUCUGAUGUGAACUCUUUGCCCAAUUUAUAUUUCUUCACACCUGCUCAACUCGGUCUUUUCUCCGGUUGUCUUGCACCACACUUUACACCUGUAACGUUCUCUCAGCUUGUGGGAGUUUUACAUAGGCAAGCUUGUGAAAGUACACUUGUACAGGAGGCAAGAAGUGAGAUGCCAUGAGGGUGUUUAUUUUAUUUUUAAGUGAGUACAGUUCAGCAUGGAAGUGUUUGGUUUUCUAUGUUGUUGUGGUUUUUUUUUUUUUUAAAUAUAUAUAUACAUCAAGACAGAGUUGAUGAUCCUGAGAAGAUGUUCGUUUAGUAAAACUCCCACCAGCUCCUCCCUCCCAUGCCGCCCUGUUUUCGUAUGUAGAUCCUUGACAGAAAGUCUUUUGCACUAUUAAGGCCAUAAAUAAAGUGUUGGAGACUCGUUUCUUGGCCAAAGGGUUUUACAGCUGACACGAUGGCUGGGUGAUGUUUUAUGUGAUUAAUAAGAGCUGUGUCGGGGGUGGGGGGGAACGGGUGGAGCGUCGAUCUUUUUGGUCUCAUCUGUGGUGGAUGCUUACAACUGGACUGUGUCGAGUUAAAUCUUGGGCAUUUUUGUCUUGUCCCCCCCCCCCAAGCACUGUGGUUUCAGUAGAGUAGAUAAGGUUUUGAGGGUAAACUAUUGCUUACCGGUGCAUGAUUUAUGGUUUUUCUUAAUAGCUGGUAUCUAUUAUUGUGUAGACAUUUCAUUCGUAAUACUAUACUAGUAGCCUUUUCCUCAGAUUGUAGUUUAUUUUUGUCAGUAACAAUCCUAGAUAAACUUACUGCUGGUACAGUUGUACUCCAUAUUAUUAUUUUUUAUUCAGUAUACAUUUUGGUAAAAGCCAGAUACAGAGGACAGCCUCCGGACAGGCCAUCUAUAUAUGAACAGUUUAUGAUAUUAAUCCGUGGUACAGGAUGCUGUUUUUUUUUGUUGUUGUUGUUUUGUUUUGUUUUUUUGCGUGACUGAAACAUUCACAGCUACAGUCAGGUCAGCUGAGAGUUGACAAUCUGCCGAAAAUAUCGAGAGCGAAGGUUUUGUUUUGGCUGCAGCUAUUAGUCUGUUUUAUCCUUUAUGUUUAAAAAACAAAAAAACAACAAAAAAAAACACCCAGCCUGUACCAAGGUGAAAGACAUUCCUCCCAUAGGGAACUUAGUACAGGUCUCGCUUUCAGCUCUCAUUCUCAGCAAAGCUACUAAUUAGUAGAAAGCUGAUUCUCAGACCGAGGCGUCGCUCAUCUUAAGCUUGUCCUUACAUUCCGUCAAAAAAAAUCUCAGCAAAACCAUUUGACAUGAACAAAUUCGGAGAGCUACCGGACUGGCAUCAUUACUGAUCUCAAAAUAUCACAUUUAGUUUAAAAACAAACAAACAAACAAAAAAAACCCAACUCUACAUAUAAGACUGUUUGUACAUAUAUGUGAGAAAAUGGUCAUACCCUGCUUCAGGCCGUCGCCAUGUCCUCUUUGUGCAUGGACAGCGAAGAGGGAAAGACACAAAGUGUACCAAGGACAAUAUCCACACAUUUCACUACCAUUUUACUAGGUAGGAAACUCACUUUCUCUUCUUGACACACGUUUACCUUACACGCUGUAGGUAAAUCACAUAACAAAAAAGAAAAAAAAUAUAUAGGUAACUAUAAGACCAUCGUUACGCUGUGCGUAAUGAAUGUACAGAGAAAAAAAAUCGUAGGUAUUUUUUGAGGAACAAUUAAUUUGUUAAUGAUGAGUAGCUAUUUAAUUUGUUUUCCCUGUCCUUUAUUGUAAUCAUGCUUGUUUUUUUUGUUUUGUUUUGUUUUGUUUUUUUAAGAAAAAAGUUGAUCUUUUUCAUUUGUAGACUUAUCUGUUAAAGGUUUAAUAAAGUGCAGGAACACAGUUAUUGUAUGAAAACACUGCGUUAUAGCCACUUGUGUAUUAUUUUCUAAAGGCUACUGAGCAGUCUCGAUCCAGCAUCGAACACGGAGGCUUUUUAGCCGUCUCUGGAAGCAAGCAAACAAAAAUCACUAAUCAUUAAAGGAGCAGUUCCAACGAAAGCGAAAUUCACACCAUUGUCUUCCUUAACCUAAAUGUUGUCCUAAUUUGAGAUCUGAAAUUUGCUUCUUGAGUCUUGCGCUGUAGCUACGAGGCUGACGUCGGGUCCGGGCCGGACUGGGACAUGGUUUCAGGCGGGGCGUCUCACACUCAUCCAGGUCACCCCAUACACCCACAUCAGAUUUUUAAACCACUCUCAACUGUAUUUAUUACACACAGUCUGGCCGUCCCAUACAAACAUAAACAAGCAACCGAGAGGCCGUGAAGCGGUAAUUUAUAUCAGCUUACGUGGGUCUGCCACGCAUUUAACAAACACCAGAAGUACAAAGCAAAUCUCUACCUUUCACUCAUAAAAGUACAUUAAAUUUCAUGUACCUGUCACUUCUGUACCAGGUCUCCUGCUAUGAACAGAACUUUCUCCACAUUGCUGGAAAACGACAACUUUUAAACCUCACUGUAGAUUGUGAGCACGGAAUCGAAAUUUCUUUUAGUUCAAAUUAAAGAAUCGCAUUAUUUUUUUUUUUUUUAAGGGAAGAAAAAAAAACUGCAAAUACCUGAGAUUUAACCAUAUAAUAUUUUAUAGAACUGUAUUAAAGCAUAUGUAACUUCUCUUAUUUUACCCCUACCCGUCAUCUCAGGUUGACCCUGACGAACAGAUUCGUCGUUUAUUAUCGGAUGCCGAAUUCGGAGAACGAACAGAAAAAUCACUUCGGUAUAUCGGACACGCAAUACUAUAAAAUGAUAAUGAUUAAAUCAAUCAAAUAAAAUAUUUAUAUAUAUACACGUGUACAUUUUUAAACAGCAGGGCAGUGGGAAUUCUCCCAGUGCUCCCGACAGCCAGUCCGCCCCCGAUGUGAGUGACGAGAAGCUAAUAGCUGUCAGUUUAGCAUCAGACUCGAAUAAGAUCGGCUCAGGUUUCUGCAGUUUGAAGGAAGACUUGUAGAUUAAAAGUGAUUCGGCUCAGUGUUCCUAUCUGUUUUAUAUCCUUUGGAAUGCAGACUUGUUCUUUAUUGUACCUUAAUGGUGUUACUGAGCCAAAUGUCUGUUGAGGUGAGUGCGGGAUGAUUACGCUAAACUGGAGGCUAUAGUCUUCCUUUACUUGCUGGCUGCAUUAGCCUCGUAGCUCCAGUGAAAAAGUAAAGAAGCAAAUUGAGGACAACAAACACGUCUUGGUUGAAUUUGGGGUACGGAGGAAAUCAAAUUUUCGGUUCGCUUUAAGAGGAACUCGACUCUUGAUUUUACCGUUUUGUGUUUAACUGCCAUUAAAACAGCAAAUCUGAGGAAGAUCACGUGUGCUUCCAGAAGAAUAAACACUAGAAAUGAACAUUUUGAUCCUUCACUGCUAGUGUAUUUCUGAAUGGUUUGUAAAUCUGUAUUAUACUAUUCAUUUUGUGGCCUUGUUUCUCUUUUGAAUAAACCAAUUGGCAGGCCAUUGUUUUGUACUUAAAGUAGCCUUGAUGAACAAUAAAGAGCUCUUAAACUACA